CCACUGCGCAGGCGCACGGUGGAGGUGUAAAAUGGGAGGAGAGCUGGGGGGGGGCGGGAAUGUGGCUCCGCCCCUUCCCUCACAUCACGUGCAGGAGGAGUCCCGGGUCAUGUGAGCCCUCCAAUGGCUGCGGGGUUCUAAACUACGGCGAGAGAGGGAAGGAAGGAAGGGGUGCGAACCCGUGUGAGGCAGGAAGGAGAAGGCGCGCGCCGGAGGGAGGGGUGCGCCGCCGCGCUCGCUCGCCUCUGUUCCCCCAACUUUCCCCUGGUUCAACUCCUGGCUGCCGGCGCGAUCUGAGGUCGCGAGCCCUCGCGCCGGGAUCCGUCUGCCCAUCCCCCGCAGGGGCCGCUUGUGGGGUGUGAGGCGGCCGCCGUGGGGCAGGACACCCCGGUCCGCCCCGUCCCUCUGCCCCCCUCCCCCCACUCCCGCCCCGAGCUCCCGGAGCCUAGUGCGCGGCCAGCACCCCGCGCCGUCGGCCCCGGCCCCGGGAUGCAGAACGUGAUUAACACGGUGAAAGGGAAGGCGCUGGAAGUGGCCGAGUACCUGACCCCCGUGCUCAAGGAAUCAAAAUUUAAGGAAACAGGUGUGAUCACCCCAGAAGAGUUUGUGGCAGCUGGAGACCAUUUAGUCCAUCACUGUCCAACAUGGCAAUGGGCAACAGGCGAAGAUUUGAAAGUCAAGGCAUACCUACCAAAUGGCAAACAGUUUUUGGUAACUAAAAAUGUGCCUUGCUACAAACGGUGCAAACAAAUGGAAUAUUCAGAUGAAUUGGAAGCUAUAAUUGAAGAAGAUGAUGGUGAUGGGGGAUGGGUAGAUACAUAUCACAACUCAGGUAUUACAGGAGUGACAGAAGUAGUUAAGGAGAUUACCCUGGAAAGCAAGGAUAGUGUAAAACUUCGAGACUGCUCAGCUUUAUGUGAGGAGGAAGAAGAAGAAGAUGAGGGAGAAGCUGCAGAUAUGGAAGAAUAUGAAGAGAGUGGACUCUUGGAAACAGAUGAGGCAACUCUGGACACAAGGAAAAUAGUAGAAGCUAACAAAGUUAAAAAUGAUGCUGGAGGUGAAGAUGCUAUUUUACAAACCAGAACUUAUGAUCUUUAUAUCACAUAUGACAAAUAUUAUCAGACUCCAAGACUCUGGUUAUUUGGCUAUGAUGAGCAACGGCAACCUUUAACAGUAGAACAUAUGUAUGAAGACAUCAGUCAAGAUCAUGUGAAGAAAACAGUGACCAUCGAAAAUCAUCCUCAUCUUCCACCACCUCCCAUGUGUUCAGUUCACCCAUGCAGACAUGCUGAAGUGAUGAAAAAAAUCAUUGAGACAGUUGCAGAAGGUGGAGGAGAACUUGGUGUUCAUAUGUAUCUUCUCAUUUUCCUGAAAUUUGUACAAGCUGUCAUUCCAACAAUAGAAUAUGACUACACAAGACACUUCACAAUGUAAUGAAGAGAUAAUAAAUUCUAUGCUAAUUAUUGAUUCUAAUUUUAAAAGAAUUAACCCAUAGAUGUGACCAUACUCACCAAUGAAUACAAUUCUGUAAUAAAGGGACUUAUGUUUAUUCAUUAAACAAAAGACGUUCCAUUACCAGCCUUGUUUAAUAAAAACCUGUGUGCAAAGAAA